UGCGGAUUAUUUCGAGUGCACAGUCGCGGUCACACUGUCCAACCAACCAAAACUCGGUGCUGCGUUUGUUUUCUGCUCCCCAUUCAACUGCAAAAAAAGUGAAAAGCAGUUCGAAAAACAGGCAGCAUGUGAAGCACAAAUACUCCACGCAUUUGUAUCUCAAAGGAAAAGCUCACUGAAAAAAGUGCGUGAGAAUCGCGAGUGAAGGUGUGAAAAUAGAAUAAAGAGCCCUGCAAUUGAAGAGAAACAUUGCUGCAGUUGUGUGUGCCUGUGCGUGAGUGUGUGCGUGUGAGUGUCGCUCUCUGGACGCAAUUUCCUUGGCCAAAAGGAAGGGAAGUGGGGCAGGAGAAUCCCAUUCCGAAUCCCCCGAAUCCGGAGCAUCAGAAAUAGCGUAACUGAGAUGGUGAAGGCGAUGACGACGAAGGCGCUGCUAACGAAGAAGAUGAUGUAAAAGCCGCAUCGCCACAUCCCCUUUCUCUUCUCUCUCCAAACGAAAGCGAAAUCCCAGCUGGGAAACUCUAACUAAAACCGAACCAGAAACCGAAAACCAAAAAAAAAAAAAACCCACGACUGCCGUUUUGUAUUUCUGUGGACGUCGGACUGAAAUCGAAACUGCAUUCUUUGGACUCAUAUUUAUACCAUAACGACACAUAUCGCGGACGGAAUCGAACAUGAGAUUGCCGCGUUGCUUAUCGGUGGUCAGUGGGAACCUGCUCCUCCUUCUCCUGACCAUCGUCGCUCUGGUUCUCGCCGAGCGGGACUUCAAUGUCAACGACUCUCAGGUUCCUGUAAUUGAGCCAAAGGAUGUGCCCGCCUACAAACAGGAUCCGUAUGUCACGGAGUUGAUGAGCUGCCAAAAUACUCAAAGCGAGAUUGUGCUAUCGCUUUUAUUAAAAAAACACGACUGGAGUGAGCUCACUGCCACAAAGCGAGCUCAUGUCCAAGCCAAAUUGGCCAAGUUCUUUGCCAUACCGAAGGAAUUUAUUUCUUUGGAUUCUGUGGCCAAGCGGGAAUUGAAAUCCAUGCACAAGUUGGCCAUGCGAAAGGGAGGCAAGGGCAACAAGAAUAUCGAGACCCUUAAUAGACGACUAGGACGCGCCAGUUUCAUGAUCGGCUGUGGUUCAAGCUACUUUGUGAUGGGUGAGCCGAUUGCCAAGCAGAUUCCACACCAAAUGAAGGAUGGCACAAUUGGCGCUUUGACGGAAGAGAACUUUGGACUUUGGUUUAUUUGGCGAAAGGAAUUGAAAUCAAGAUCAAACCGCAAGCGACGUCAGUCGGAGGGUUCCGGAGCUGGUGAUGAUGACUACGACUACGGAGAGGACGACGAGGAAGUGUCCAGUGAGCCCCCCACGGAAGUUCCACCGGUGACCACCCAUGCCCAUCGACAUCAUCACGGAGCGUCGGAGGGUUUGCCCGAUUCUCCCAUCACCUCGUCGGCGGUUCCCCUGAUUCCGAAUGUGGAGGAGGAGAUCGAGGAGAGUGUCUCCAAGCUGGAGUCCGUGAUCAGCAAGACGAUUGAGAAUACGAAGAACAUCAAGGAGCUGCCUGUCCUGGGAGAUCCUGACAAUGAUGGUGAAGAUGAGGAGGAAGUGGAGCUGCAGCAGUUGGUAGUUCCAAUGAUUCUACCGGAGGAAGUUGCGACGAGAGCCACGGAAAUGGUAAAGCCCGGUUAUUCGGAGGUGAGCGCAAAUCAGGUGGACUCCUCGGCCACGCCCACCGCUGCGGUGUCCGCCCCCGAAACACAGAAGCCAUUCUCACCCUAUGAUGCCACCUCUUCGGUGUCCUCGUCGUCGUCGUCGUCGUCUUCGUCCGUCUCAACCAUUGAAGCUGGAGAAGAUUCGUCUUCGGUGCCGCCCCCUCAUCCGCCCCCAAACGCCUCCUUGUCCACCGACAUGCCCACUGAGCAAGACAGCACUUCAUCCUCAUCCUCGUCACCUUCGUCCUCAUCCACAUCUCCAUCACAAGCCACUCAGCCAACAACAACAUCAUCGUCAUCAUCAUCACUUUCAACAAGCACAACAGCAACAAUCUCAACUACAACAGCAACAUCAACAGCAACAACAACAUCAACAACAACAACAACACUCUCUGAAUCGCCAAAGCCGAAUACUGAGCUCGAUCUGAGCACCCUGCUGCCCUUCGACGAUUUUGAGGCUGCAACACCAACUGCAACUGCAACAGCAGCAACCGCAACAGCAACAACUGCAACUGCAACAACAGCAGGCGAAAGCGAAUUUCAUGUAGAGUCCACAACGCACAGCACUAUUAGCUCUAAGGAAGGAGAGCCCGAUGCCAUCAGCAGCAGCAGCAACAAUAGCCUUGCCAAUAAUGAGCUGUCGACGCCUGCCACGCCCACUUCCUCUCUAGCCACCACCACAGCCUCUACUCCCGAGUCGAGUAGCAGCAGCACCUUCGUCUCCACCGACUACGUGGAGCCGCAGACCGAGGAGAACACUCCGCCCAUCAUCAAGACGCGACUGCAGAAGCUGGCGGUCACCUCGGGCAAGGCCUUCACCUUCCACAUUCUCCCCGACACCUUCUACGAUGCCGAGGAUCAGGGCAAUCUCCGCCUGGCGCUAACCGACAAGGAUGGGCAUGAGUUGAAGGCCAACUCCUGGCUGCAGUUCAACGCCGACAAAAGGGAGCUCUAUGGACUUCCCCUGGAUGACACCGUCUCCCGUUGGCAGUAUCGUUUGUCUGCCACGGAUUCGGGCAACUCCAGCGUCACCGAAACAGUGGAGAUCAGCGUGCAGCAGCAUCGGGCUGUGAGGACCAUCAACCAUGAGAUCAGUGUGGUUGUGCGCAUCAACGAGAAGCUGGGCCACAACAUCGACUGGCAGCUGAGGCUGAUCAAUGCGGUCGCCAGGACCCUGGAUGACUCCUCCAACUCGGCGGUGGUGGUGCGCGAAAUCCGGCAGACGCCGCACGAUCCGCACAGCGCAACCUUUGUCUACUUCAACGAGACGCUGCCGACUAGUGAGUGUCCCGAGAAGGAAUUGAAUGAUAUUGUGCUGCGGCUGGAUGCCCAGCGACUGAGUGACCUGGUGCAGCCGCAGUUGGGAAUCAAGUCCAUAACCGGACAGUUGAUCGGUUCCUGCCAGAAGGAUCUGACCCAGGUGAAACCGACGCAGCACAUGGCCAAGAAUGUGCCGCCCAUGCCGCGCAACCAGGUGGAUCGAGUGAACGCCAGCUUGGGCCAGCUGCUAGUCUACAAAGUGCCGGCGGAUACGUUCUACGAUGCGAAUGACAACCAGCUGACGCUCACCCUGAAGACCCGGGAUCACCUGGAGCUGAGCCCACGCCACUGGCUGCAGUUCGACUCGAAGAACGAGGAGUUCUUCGGCAUCCCGAAGAGCGGCGACAUUGGCUCCGAGGAGUAUCUGCUGGUGGCCGAGGACAGCGGUGGCCUGAGUGCCCACGAUGCCCUGGUCGUCGUGGUUAGUCCCGCUCCCAAGCGAGAGUUUGGCUUCUUCUUCAAGGCCUACCUGUCCAUCAAGCACGAGCGUUUCAAUGCCGAGCUGCAGCGAAAGUUUGUGGAGCGCGUGGCGAAGCUGAAUGGCGAUGCCACCACUGGCCAGAUCCAGAUUCGCUCCAUAACCACGCAUCAUGACUCCGAUGGCACUAUAGUCAACUUCUACAAUACAACGCUGUACAAGAAGCACAACAGCUGCAGGGAGAAGGAGGUGGCCGCCAUCAGGAGCAUCUAUCUGAACAGCGAUCACAGUUUGAGGGAGGCAGCCAAACGGGCUUUGGGUCCCGAGCUGAAUAUGACCAACUUUUCGGUGGUUCCCUUUAGCAGUUGUCACCAUCCCGAGAACAUUGACACCAACCAGCUGGACUACAUACCCAGUCGCCCCGAGGAGCCGGCCCACAAGUCAUCUUUCGGCGAGGAUUACAUGAUCACCUUCGUACUGCCCAUCGUCAUUAUUAUCGUGAUGAUUGUGAUUGCCUCGAUCAUCGCCUGCUGCCUGCACUGGUGUCGUCAUAGAAGCGGCAAAAUGGAGCUAGGCGACGAAGAGGAGCGCAAAUCCUUCCGUGCCAAGGGUAUUCCCGUCAUCUUCCAGGACGAGUACGAGGAGAAGCCCGAGAUUGGCAACAAGAGUCCCGUCAUCCUGAAGGACGAGAAGCCACCGCUGCUGCCACCUUCGUACAAUACCUCAAAUAUGAAUGGUGCGGCUAAAAAUAUCUCUUUUUUUCAAGAAAUAUAUACCUAUCUUAAACUUCCUUCAGGUGACAACGAUGUGGAUGACUAUGUGCCACCUCCAUCGGUGGUCGUGGGUGGCCGGGAGGUGCGGGGAAAGUCGCCAGCAACGCCCUCCUACCGCAAACCUCCGCCAUAUGUGUCGCCAUAAAUCAGUGUCAAGAGCAGCAGCAGCAGCAGCAACGCAACAGCAACAAUAAUAACAAUCGCAUCGUAUUAAUCACACAAUCUAUAUAGAUAUAUACAUAUAUAUAUAUAUAUUUAACCGAUUUGGCACAAGUUAUAUGCAACUAAGCAAACUCUUUUGUAUAUAUCCAAGUGCAAAUUGGUUUCUUUGGACAUUGUAUUCGAAUUGAGGGUAGAAACGAACCCAACCAAGAAGUAUUCGCCAAGUCGAUCGAGUUUUUUGGAUAACAUUUUGUAUUAGCCGAGAACGGAGAAACAAUCAAUGAACGAUUUAAGUGCUAACAACUGGCAAACAUACACACACACACUUAAGCUUAACGAGAAUCACUAACACAAAACGAUGAACUAUGCUGCAUAUUAUUUAUUUAGUAUGUACUCUAAUUUAUAUGUAAACCACGCGAACACAAAAACACAUCCCCGAGGACACAAAAGGAGUUUAGAAGGCAAGCAUUAGAGCUUGAAAAAAACACACAUACACAAGCCCAUUUUAAGCAUAGCAUUUAAAACUCUUUGUACCAAUUAAGAGGAAAGGACGGCAUGUCCUUGGCCAGGACUUUGGGCAGCUUUAAAUACUUUCAGCUUGAUUUGCUUAAGCUGAAUUGUUUGCAUGUUUAUUGUAAAUUGACCAGGAUUAUAACUGGCAUUGUGCUGCUUAUUUCGAUCAAAGGAUUAGGG